GAAGGCUCUAGGGCUAUUAGAAGUAUCUGUAUAACUUUACUCAAGUCCGUACAAGAUGCCUAAACCAGCACAACAAGAAGGGGAUGAUCCCGACCCAACCCCAUACUUGUUCGUUUCUUUGGAACAAAAACGAAUUGAUCAAACGAAGCCCUAUGAUGCCAAAAAAUCUUGUUGGGUGCCAGACGACAAAGAAGGUUUCUUACUUGGAGAGAUCAAGGGUACAAAGGGUGAUCUCGUUACCGUUGGUCUUCCCGGAGGAGAGGAGAAGAACUUCAAAAAGGACCAAGUUACCCAAGUGAAUCCACCAAAGUAUGAAAAAUGUGAGGAUAUGUCCAACUUGACAUACCUCAAUGACGCAUCAGUCUUACACAAUUUGAAACAACGUUAUUAUGCAAAAUUGAUUUAUACUUACUCUGGUCUUUUCUGUGUCGCUAUCAAUCCUUACAAACGGUUCCCUGUAUACACUAACCGUUGUGCUAAACUAUACCGUGGCAAGAGGCGUAAUGAGGUGCCACCACAUAUUUUUGCUAUUUCUGAUGGAGCCUACGUCAACAUGUUGACCAACCACGAAAAUCAAUCCAUGUUGAUUACUGGAGAGUCUGGUGCUGGUAAGACUGAAAACACGAAAAAAGUAAUUGCUUACUUCGCAACUGUUGGUGCCUCAACUAAGAAGGCUACUGAUGAUUCCGUCAAGAAAGGUAACUUGGAAGAUCAGGUUGUACAAACCAACCCUGUUCUUGAAGCUUUCGGUAACGCUAAAACCGUCCGUAACGACAACUCUUCCCGAUUCGGUAAAUUCAUCCGUAUCCACUUCGGUCCAACUGGAAAACUGGCCGGUGCUGACAUUGAAACUUAUCUUCUGGAGAAGGCUAGAGUUAUUUCCCAGCAAUCACUCGAGAGGUCGUACCAUAUUUUCUACCAAAUCAUGUCUGGAGCUGUUGCUGGAGUGAAAGAUAAAUGUUUGUUAUCCAAUAACAUCAACGACUACUACUUCGUAUCACAAGGAAAAACCACAAUUCCUGGUGUAGAUGAUAGCGAAGAAAUGAAAGUCACAGAUGAAGCCUUCGACAUUCUUGGUUUCACCCAGGAAGAGAAAGAUAAUGUGUACAAGAUAACCGCAGCAGUCAUGCACAUGGGUUGCAUGAAAUUCAAGCAGAGAGGCCGAGAAGAACAAGCUGAACCUGAUGGUACAGAGGAAGGUGAGCGAGUCGGAAAAUUGCUAGGAGUUGACACAGCGGCACUUUAUCAAGCAUUUGUUAAGCCCAGAAUCAAGGUCGGUAAUGAAUUCGUCACCCAAGGAAGAAACGUCAACCAAGUUUCCUACUCGGUUGGAGCCAUGUCCAAGGCUAUGUUUGACAGAGUCUUCAAAUUUUUGGUGAAAAAAUGUAACGAAACUUUAGAUACAAAACAAAAAAGACAGCACUUCAUUGGUGUACUGGAUAUUGCUGGUUUUGAAAUCUUUGACUAUAACGGCUUCGAGCAACUCUGCAUUAACUUUACUAACGAAAAGCUACAACAAUUCUUCAACCACCAUAUGUUCGUAUUGGAGCAAGAGGAAUACACCAGAGAGGGCAUCGUGUGGCAGUUCAUUGAUUUCGGAAUGGACUUGGCAGCAUGUAUCGAACUUAUUGAAAAGCCUAUGGGUAUUUUAUCCAUUCUUGAAGAAGAAUCUAUGUUCCCAAAAGCUACUGACAAGACUUUUGAAGAAAAACUGAACACCAACCACUUGGGCAAGUCACCAAACUUCCAGAAACCAAAACCACCAAAACCAGGUCAACAAGCUGCUCAUUUCACCCUCGGUCACUACGCCGGAAAUGUACCUUACAACAUCACAGGGUGGUUGGAGAAAAACAAGGAUCCCCUCAAUGACACCGUUGUCGACCUCUUCAAGAAGGGUAGCAACAAGUUAUUGGUAGAAAUCUUUGCAGAUCAUCCUGGACAGUCCGGAGGUGCUGCUGAGAAAGGUGGUAAGAGAACCAAGGGUUCUGCUUUCCAGACUGUAUCCAGUUUAUACAGGGAACAACUGAACAAUUUGAUGACAACACUCAGAUCUACCCAACCUCACUUCGUUCGUUGUAUUAUCCCCAAUGAACUCAAACAACCCGGAGUCAUUGACUCGCACUUGGUGAUGCACCAGUUGACAUGUAACGGUGUACUUGAAGGAAUCCGUAUCUGCCGAAAAGGUUUCCCUAACAGGAUGGUGUACCCUGACUUCAAGCUCCGAUAUAAAAUCCUCAACCCUGCUGGAGUUUCCAAGGAAAGUGACCCGAAGAAAUGCGGUCAAAUAAUUCUUGACGCAUCUGGUCUGGAUUCCGAACUGUAUCGUCUUGGUCACACUAAGGUAUUCUUCCGUGCUGGAGUUUUGGGUCAAAUGGAAGAGUUACGUGACGAACGUCUUGGAAAGAUCGUAACCUGGAUGCAGUCAUGGGUACGUGGUUACCUUUCGAGGAAAGAAUUCAAGAAGUUGCAAGAGCAACGUUUGGCCCUCCAAGUAUGCCAACGCAAUCUACGCAAAUAUCUCAAACUCCGUACAUGGCCAUGGUACAAGUUGUGGCAGAAAGUUAGACCCCUGCUCAAUGUUACACGUAUUGAAGAUGAAAUUGCUAAACUUGAAGAAAAGGCUGCUAAAGCCCAAGAAGCUUUCGAGAGGGAAGAAAAAGCCAAGAAGGAGCUAGAAGCUCUGUAUGCUAAGCUGUUAGCGGAAAAAACGGAGCUGUUGAGUAACUUAGAAGGAAAGGCUGGAUCCCUUUCGGAAGUGCAAGAGAGAGCUAAUAAACUUCAGGCCCAAAAGAAUGAUCUGGAAGCUCAGUUAUCGGAAACCCAAGAUCGUCUCAGCCAAGAAGAAGAUGCUCGCAACCAGUUGAUGCAACAGAAGAAAAAAUUGGAACAGGAAAUGUCUGGUUAUAAGAAGGAUAUUGAAGAUUUGGAAUUGAACCUCCAGAAAUCCGAACAAGAUAAAGCUACCAAGGACCACCAAAUAAGAAACUUGAACGACGAAAUUGCUCAUCAAGACGAACUCAUCAACAAACUCAACAAAGAAAAGAAACUCUCCGGCGAAAACAACCAAAAAAUUUCCGAGGAACUUCAAGCAGCCGAGGAUAAGGUCAACCAUCUCAACAAAGUGAAAGCCAAACUCGAGCAAACACUGGACGAAUUGGAAGACUCUCUCGAACGCGAAAAGAAAUUGCGCGGUGACGUUGAAAAAUCCAAACGUAAAGUCGAGGGCGAUCUUAAACUGACCCAAGAAGCUGUCGCUGAUCUGGAACGCAACAAAAAAGAAUUGGAACAAACCAUCCAACGUAAAGACAAAGAAAUCUCAUCACUCACCGCCAAAUUGGAAGACGAACAAUCGGUUGUUGGCAAACAACAGAAACAAAUCAAGGAACUUCAAGCGCGCAUUGAAGAGCUCGAGGAAGAGGUUGAAGCCGAACGCCAGGCUCGUGCCAAAGCUGAAAAACAACGUGCUGACCUCGCCCGUGAAUUGGAGGAACUCGGCGAACGUCUGGAAGAAGCUGGUGGUGCCACUUCAGCGCAAAUCGAACUCAACAAGAAACGAGAAGCCGAACUCGCCAAACUUCGCCGAGACCUGGAAGAAGCCAAUAUUCAGCACGAAGGAACCCUCGCCAAUUUACGUAAAAAACACAAUGAUGCCGUUUCUGAAAUGGGUGAACAAAUUGACCAGUUGAACAAACUCAAAGCUAAGUCUGAAAAAGAAAAGGCACAAUACUUUGGUGAACUCAACGAUCUACGGGCUUCAGUUGACCAUUUAGCUAAUGAGAAGGCUGCCAUCGAGAAAGUUUCCAAACAAUUAGGACAACAACUUAAUGACGUACAAGGCAAGCUAGAUGAAACGAAUCGAACACUCAACGACUUUGAUGCCGCUAAGAAAAAGUUAUCGAUUGAAAACUCCGAUCUUCUGAGGCAAUUGGAAGAAGCAGAAUCGCAGGUAUCACAGCUGAGCAAAAUCAAGGUAUCUCUCACUACCCAAUUGGAAGACACCAAGAGAUUGGCAGAUGAAGAAGGUCGUGAACGCGCUACACUCCUUGGCAAAUUCCGUAACUUGGAACAUGAUUUGGAUAACAUCCGUGAACAAGUUGAAGAAGAAGCCGAGGCUAAAGCUGAUAUCCAGCGUCAACUCAGCAAAGCCAACGCAGAAGCUCAAUUGUGGCGUCAGAAAUAUGAAUCUGAAGGCAUUGCUCGCUCUGAAGAACUCGAAGAAGCGAAACGCAAACUUCAAGCUCGCCUUGCCGAAGCUGAAGAGACAAUCGAAUCUCUCAACCAGAAGGUUGUAGCUCUUGAAAAAACCAAACAACGUUUAGCUACUGAAGUUGAAGACUUGCAACUUGAAGUUGACAGAGCCAAUGCCAUCGCCAAUGCUGCUGAGAAGAAACAGAAAGCAUUCGACAAGAUUAUUGGAGAAUGGAAACUCAAGGUUGAUGAUCUUGCUGCUGAACUUGAUGCUAGCCAGAAAGAAUGCAGGAACUAUUCCACGGAAUUAUUCAGACUCAAAGGAGCUUACGAAGAAGGACAAGAACAACUCGAAGCAGUUCGUCGCGAGAACAAGAAUCUUGCUGAUGAAGUUAAGGAUCUUCUUGACCAGAUUGGAGAAGGUGGACGUAACAUUCACGAGAUCGAAAAGGCCAGAAAACGAUUGGAAGCUGAGAAGGAUGAACUCCAAGCAGCUCUUGAAGAGGCCGAAGCAGCCCUUGAACAAGAGGAGAACAAAGUUUUGCGUAGUCAACUUGAGCUUUCCCAGGUUAGACAAGAAAUUGACAGACGCAUCCAAGAGAAAGAAGAAGAAUUCGAGAACACUCGUAAGAAUCACCAACGUGCUCUUGAUUCAAUGCAGGCUUCUCUAGAAGCUGAAGCCAAGGGUAAAGCUGAGGCUCUUCGUAUGAAGAAGAAGUUGGAAGCAGACAUCAAUGAACUUGAAAUUGCUUUGGAUCAUGCAAAUAAGGCAAACGCCGAAGCACAAAAAACAAUCAAACGCUACCAACAACAACUCAAAGAUACUCAAACUGCUCUGGAGGAAGAACAACGCGCUCGUGAUGAAGCUCGUGAACAGCUUGGAAUCUCCGAAAGACGUGCCAACGCUCUUCAGAAUGAACUUGAAGAAUCUCGUACACUAUUGGAACAAGCUGACCGUGCCCGUCGCCAAGCAGAACAAGAAUUGGGAGAUGCUCACGAACAAUUGAAUGACCUUGGUGCACAGAAUGCUUCUCUGUCUGCCGCCAAGAGGAAACUGGAAACUGAACUCCAAACUCUCCAUUCCGAUCUUGAUGAACUUCUCAAUGAAGCCAAGAACUCUGAGGAGAAGGCUAAGAAAGCCAUGGUUGAUGCAGCUCGUCUUGCAGAUGAACUGAGAGCAGAACAAGAUCAUGCACAAACUCAGGAGAAACUUCGUAAAGCCUUAGAAUCACAAAUCAAGGACCUUCAAGUUCGUCUCGACGAGGCUGAAGCUAACGCCCUCAAAGGAGGUAAGAAAGCAAUCGCUAAACUUGAACAACGCGUCAGGGAAUUGGAGAAUGAAUUAGAUGGUGAACAAAGACGACACGCCGAUGCUCAAAAGAAUUUGAGAAAGUCCGAACGUCGCAUCAAGGAGCUCAGCUUCCAAGCUGAAGAAGACCGUAAGAACCACGAAAGAAUGCAAGACUUGGUCGACAAACUUCAACAGAAAAUCAAGACCUACAAGAGGCAAAUAGAAGAGGCAGAAGAAAUAGCGGCUCUCAAUUUGGCCAAAUUCCGUAAAGCACAACAGGAAUUGGAAGAAGCAGAAGAGCGUGCAGACCUUGCUGAACAAGCAAUUGCCAAAUUCCGUGCCAAGGGACGUUCUGGAUCAGCAGCUAGGGGAGCCAGCCCUGCGCAACCGAAGCAAGCGGUUCAACGUUUACCAAUCGCAUUGGAAUAACAACAGUAGCGAAAUUCCUCAGCGACAGCGUCCCACAUUCGGAAUGGGAGAUUCACUUGGAGGUGCCUUCCCUCCAAGGUUCGAUCUUGCACCCGACUUUGAAUGAAUCUGACAUUGUGUUAUAAGUGUAAGGUGAACAUUCUAUCGCAGUGUAAAUAUCAUCCCAAUGCGAAUCAAUUCUACAUUCAGUUUAAAUCAUUCUAUCUCUCAAAAUAUAAUAGUUGUUCAAUUCCAUUCUUCACUAAUUCAAAUCAAAGACAAAGAGAAUGAAGGGAUUCAGAGACACGUAUUCAACAUCUACAGCAAACCCUUCAGUCUCGGCAUCUCUGAAUUAAAUAUUUUUCAAAUUAUCGAAAGAUAUUGAAUGAUAAUCGUGUGUAUGAUAUGUUGUAUGAUAUAAGGCACCUAUGAAUAAAGAGUUAUAUCCUUUGCAUUGUAUUCAUUCAUAUUGUGAAAUUAUCCUUCUAAUGUAUGCAUGUACUUUUUGUUGUUCAUUGUUGAUAAUUUUGUUACGAAGAGGAUGAUUAUUAUUGAUUUGAUGAAUAAAGCAAUAAUUUCUAA